GUAAUCUUCUCUGCUUCAACUGACCCCCUGGGUUCACUCUGUCUCGUUGGCCUGCGCAAUGCCAAUCAGACUCAGCGUCCUCUCACUACCCCACUCGCAUCCCCCGUACAUCAUGCCCCUUUAUCUUCUACAGCUGGGGCGGCAGUAAUCAAUCGCUCCUCCAUUCAUUUGACAGCAAUGGCCACCCCUCAACCACUUAAUCCGCCGUCAAUAGUAGGCACUAAUGGCACUACGAGCUGUACAACCAAUCAAUUGCCGUCAUCUUCACCCCCCCGGACCUCGGUUCACCCUUCCCCUGCCAUCAACAGCGGUCCCUCAACAGGCCAUUCUUUUUCUGCAAGUCGGCCCUCUUACGUUAAUCUCGCCUCUCCUGGAACUAUCCCCUUUACAUCUGGCGCUUUUGUUGCCAAUACCUCCUCUCUGCUAUCUGCCGCCCCAGGGCCUACUAUUACAAUGGCCCCCGGUGGUACUGUCUCGUCGGCCGGUCGACUGGGCUUGACGGAGAAGGAUGUGCAAAUUCUCUCGCAGGUAUUUAAAAUGAUCAUCUCUGUGUCUCGACUCGUCUCGGAGAUAGGGCCUGAAUUCGAAGCCUCGCUUAGUCUUCUGCACAGUCUGGCACAAGCAGAUGUAAGACGGACGAGCUUGACGAAUGGGGAGUAUAGUGAAAGCAAAGAGAACAGUUCCAGGACUUUCUUCCAGGACGCGGAUUCGUGUUCCACUCUGCCUGCUCGUUCUUCAGCAUCUCAGGUUUUCCUGGAGGAAACCGAUGACCUGCUGCGUCGAGUUCGCACAGUGCUCUUGUCCACGGCUGAGAUGCGCCAGCAUCAGGACGAUCCAGAGCGUUUGGUCGACCUGCAUUAUUCGCUUGCUAGGUCCUAUGCCAGCAAUCCCGCUCUCAGACGGGACUCUUGCGCGUGA